AUAACGAUGAUAAUUCUGGUCAUGAGUAUUUUUCUGCAUACAUUGCGUGUGUGAAGUUACUUCGUAAAGUGACUUUCAGUUUUAAUAGUAUAAAAUAUAAAGUAUUCAUUCGUAAAUGAAAAUAUGAGUUUUGGAUUACCAUCGUUAAUACCUAAGCCUACAGUGGCUGACCAAUUUAAUCUUAAAGAUGAUACAUAUGGCAUUCCAAAUCCUAUGGUUUCUGGAUUGGCAGGAACAAGGCAAAAAAUUGGUUAUUCGCACCCUUUAGAAGCUUCGGAAUUAAAUCAUAAGAAAAAUCAAGAAUCCAUGAAUAUGGUCUUAUUACGUAAUGCUCAAGGAUUACAUGCUCCAUUGCGUCUUGCAAUGGAAUUAAAAGCUGCUGAGAAAGUUGGUAGACUCUCUUUUUUGCCAUCAUCAAAUAUUAUGAGAGAUGUUAUUCUUGGAAGAGAUGAAGAAAUUGGAUUUGAGGAUAUAUUAAAUACACCUGAAUUCAGAGAACAAAUGGGACAACCGCACGCAGUAGUAGAAAAAAGUCUUGGAAUUCUUUAAGAAGGAGGUACGAUUAUUAAUAGAACGUACUAUUUUGUUUAUAAAAAGUACUUGUGAUGCACAAUCAAAGUUUAAAAAAUAAAUAUUACGAUCUGUAUUACUAACUAAAUAACAGUUAACUUAAAUUGAUUUGCCACAAUUCAAAUGAA